AGGUGAGAAUCCGGAGCAGGUGAAGCCUCCCCGCCGAAGCCGGCAUGAAGCGAAGAUGGGCAACGCCCGCCUCUAACCCGCCCCUUGGCAAGCUGCGCUUAAUUAGGAGUAGCCGUGCAGGAAGCCCUUAAGGCUGUGCGCGCAAGUCUGUUGUGGUGUCAACACCAGUCAGCUCAGGCGUCGAGCGCGGAGGAGCAGAGUUUGGUCGGCGUAGUUGCAGCGGCCGCGGGAGGAGAGGCUUCCUCGGGGGCUGGACCCGCGAGCAAACUGCUGAAGCGGCGUUUUCUCUCUCGCUCCUUCCUUCCUCCCCGGUCUGCGGCCAGAAAAAUACGCCUGGCUUCACUUGGAGGAGCGCGAAGGCUCUCGGAUAAGUCGGCGCCCUUUCCUCCUCCCUGUUUCCUUUCUCGGUUCGUCUUCGCCUCUCGGUUCCCUCUGGGACCAGCUGUCUAAUUUACCGCCCUGCCGGAGAGGUGACGCGUUGCAUCCCCCUCCACCCCCAGAAGAGCUCGCUGGAGUUAAACUUGGCUUCUUUGCAAAGGAAAGCUGCUUUUUUAAUUCCAAAAGUAGGAAGACUAAGAUGUCCACUGUAAGUUAUGACCAAGGUUCGGCAGUACAAGCAACUCAGGGAAAUCAACCGACCAGGGAGCCAUUUGUUGAGAUUGAUGAGAUCGAUGAUGGCGAUGCUGAGGAUGAAGAAGAAACAAACACAUGUUUUUAUAUUUUUAAGAAGAAGAUUUCUCCAUACGUGAUGUCUUUUGGAUUUAGAUUAUUUGGUGUUGUGCUUAUUUUUGUGGACAUUCUACUUGUGAUUAUAUCUCUAGUGUUUGGUGAAUCAGUGGAGAUGCUUGAAGGCGCCUCUCUGGCCAUAGCACUGUUCUUCUUUGUAGAUGUUCUCUUACGAGUGUAUAUUGAAGGCUUCAGGAAUUACUUCACAUCCAAGCUAAAUAUUCUGGAUUCUGUCAUUGUUGUAGGCACUCUGUUGAUAAAUAUAAUAUAUAUCGUGUCUGACUUAGAGGGAAUCAGCCAAAUUCCAAGAAUGGUGGUUUUCUUCCGAUUCCUGAGGAUUAUAAUUCUGAUAAGAAUAUUUCGUUUGGCUUCUGAGAAAAGACGACUUGAAAGGGCAUCUCGGAGGAUGGUUUCAGAAAACAAAAGGCGUUAUCGAAAAGAUGGCUUUGAUUUGGACCUUACUUAUAUCACUGCUCGUGUUAUAGCAAUGUCCUUUCCGUCUUCUGGGAAGCAGUCUUUCUACAGGAAUCCUAUCAUGGAAGUUGUCAGGUUCUUGGAUACGAAACAUGAAAACCACUAUAAAGUCUACAAUCUUUGUAGUGAACAGGGCUAUGAUCCACUGUAUUUCCAUUACAGGGUGGAACGGCUGUUCAUUGAUGACCACAAUGUUCCUGCUCUAGAGGAUAUGCUCAAGUUUACUACAAGUGUGAGGGAAUGGAUGAAUCAGGACCUGAAAAACGUCAUAGCAAUACACUGCAAAGGAGGGAAGGGUAGGACUGGAACUAUGGUUUGCACAUGGCUUAUUGACAGCAACCAGUUUGAGAGUGCACAGGAAAGCUUGAAUUACUUUGGUGAGAGGAGAACUGAUAAAAGCACCAGCUCCAAGUUUCAGGGCGUUGAAACACCAUCCCAGAGUAGAUAUGUGGGGUAUUAUGAAAUCUUGAAAAACAAGUACAACUUGAAACUUCCACCAGAGAGACACCUCAGAAUCAAAAGCAUCAAGGUCAUGGCUAUCCAUGGAGUUGGGAAAGGCAAUGGGUCUGAUUUGAGAGUGCAGAUCCUGAUGAGGAAGAAAGUAGUCUUCCAGUGUGUUUGUGCAACCCAAGAGAACUGCAAGUUGUUCUUUGAUGGAGAACAUGACUGUGCAGUAAUUAGUUUGGAAGGCUGCCCUAUCAUUUGCAACGAUGUGAAAGUCCGAUUUGACUCUACUUCCGAUCUUCCAAAAGGCUAUGAUGACUGUGCUUUCUUCUUUUGGUUCAACAGUUCUUUUAUAGAGAACAAUAGACUUUACCUUUCCAGAAGUGAACUGGAUAACCCGCACAAGCCAAAGACAUGGAAGAUUUUCAGGGAGAACUUUGCCGUGGAGUUGAAUUUCACUGAACCGUAACCCUGAGUGAGAAGGGACUGAUUCUUCGUAAGCAUGUGCUGUUGCCAGUGCUCUGAACAUUCCUUCCAUGUUGUAGAGAUGGGAGUACUUUGGAACUGGAUGUUGAUAUAAUCUCUCUCAUUCCCCCCCCACUCAAUUUCAAUAAUGAUUAAAAUAAUUAAUUUGC